UUUUUCAUUUUAGUUAAAGUGAAAUCGUUUGUACGACUUGACGGAUAUUAGUACAAUAUAAUACUUAUAGUGAAACUUCCCUUUCAUUUUGUUUGGGUCUGGUCCUGGGUCCAAUUCUCUCCACAAGUGUUUUUGCCGCAAUUAUCAUCCGACGCGCCGAUCAGUGUUGGAGAAACGCAAUCCCUUAGGUAGGCUGUGGUAGGGCGGAUGAACCUAGCCCUUGGCUUGGCUUUUCUCGGCGAUUGUUAUCCAGAGGUUUCUGAAAAUUAAAGUGAAUCAAGUGAUGAGAUAAAACAUUUACCUACCUAAAUUGUUAUGAACAUACUCGUACUUUUGGUAUAAUCAAAUUGUUUUACAGAUGAAAACAAAAUCUACAACUAAAAUGCUCCGUGCGUCGGAGAUUAGGGAGUCAAAAUGUAUUUAAUUAUACUUUGUAUAUUUCCGGUCCCUUUAUUAGGUUAUAGUUAUUUUUACCAUUCGUCCUUAUCUUUCCAUUGCUGCAUUUAGCGACUGAUCAUUGUAUGUUUUCAACUAACUCAUACUGGUUAGAAGAUUUUAUAUAUCACCGACUUCCAAAAACCCUAACUUUUAAGAUAAUAUAUUUAGAAGAAGAAAGAAGAAGUGUAGUGAUUAGUAAAUUGUAGCAAGAUGUCUCACGAGGAGGUGGAUAGUGCCAACGGGAAGGGUGCGCAGGAGCCGGUAUCCUCGCGUCAGAACUCUGCGAGCCCGCCGCCACCGCCUGACGGCGGCUGGGGCUGGAUCGUGGUCUUCGCCUCCUUCAUGAUACAUAUAGUCAUUGAUGGGCUGACAUAUUCGUUCGGCGUUUUAUAUUAUGAGUUCCUGGGCUACUUCCAAGAGGGCGAAAGCAAGACUGCGUGGAUCGUCUCAAUACUGUGUGCGAUCACACUAAGCUCAGGCCCAUUAACGAGUUCGCUUGUAAACCGUUGGGGCUGCAAACUGGUGACGGUGUUCGGAGGCCUGCUGGCCGCGGCCAGCAUCAUCGCAUCGGCCUUUGCGGGCAACGUGCUGACGCUCAUCGUCACCAUCGGCGUGGGCACCGGCUUCGGUUGCGGUCUCAUCUACCUGCCCGCCAUCGUCAGCGUCACCGUCUGGUUCGAGCGAUAUAGGAGCCUUGCUACAGGCAUUGCAGUGUGUGGUUCAGGACUUGGAACGUUUAUUUUUCCGCAUUUAACAAAGGGUCUAAUCUCCAGCUACGGAUGGCGAGGUGCAUUAAUCAUUAUAGGUGCCCUUAUAUUAAACUGCAUUCCAUUAGGCUUUCUGUUCUUGCCAGUACCCGAAGUGCCAAAAACACCGGCCAGCGAACCGAUGCUUACAAAACAAAAGAAAUCGGUACUGAAUAAGUCUCAAAGUACUGAGCACAUGGCUCGAGCAAACGGACGUACAGAAGACGGCGAUGUGGCUAGACUAACUCUCUCGCAGCCUGCCCUGAACAAAUCUCACGAGCCUAAGCCGCAGCCACAUUCUAGACAUGGCAGCGGCAUCAUGCACAGACCAGAUGUAUUAUAUCAAGGAAGUAUGGCGAGCCUCACGAAAUACCGGGCUUCAUCUCCAGUAAGAAUUCAGACUAUAACCAAAGACGAAGAAUCUAAAUCGCCGUUAUCAGAAAUGCUCGAUGUGUCUCUAUUGGCAGACCCCAUAUUUGUAUUAUUCUCUGUAUCAAACAUUUUGACUAAUAUAGGAUUUUAUAUACCCUAUGUUUAUACUGUGACUAUGAGCAAUGACCUGGGCAUCGCAAAUCCGGAACGUUUAAUUUCUAUAAUGGGGGCGUCUACUUUAGUCGGGAGGAUAGUUCUCGGCUUUAUCAGCGACAAACCUUGGGUGAAUCGGUUGAUGGUGUACAAUGUGUGCCUCACGAUAGCUGGCAUGAGUAUGGCUUUAGCAGCAGUGGGCACAGAGUUCUGGGGUCUAGCCAUGUAUGCGGCGAUGUACGGCUUCACGUCCGGAGCAUACGUGGGAUUGACGUCGGUGGUACUGGUGGAUCUUUUUGGGAUGGAGAAACUAACUAAUGCCUUUGGGCUCUUGCUGUUUUUCCAAGGCAUCGCGUCACUAUUUGGGGCGCCUCUUGCAGGAUGGCUCGUUCAAGCGACAGGCUCAUAUAUGCCCACAUUCAUCGGGGCCGGAGCCUUCGUGUCCGUCAGCGGGGUGAUGCUGUUCGUGAUCCCAUUGAUGCAGCGACGCCGCCGCACAAGCCCUGCGCGCGCGCGCUCGCCUAAGGAGCUACCUUUGGACCACAUGUAGUGGCUUGCCAACGGGGUGCGCACACAAUCCUUGAGGAGAAUUGUGGUUUAAAAAUUGCUACAGUUUUGGUCCUGCUAUGAUAAGAUUUUGACACAUCACGCAGGGCAUCUAGCGCUCACCAAUAAGCGACGAGCGAUCGUUAA